AUGGAUUCAAUUAAUGUGGACGUGGGCCACCUCAAAAAAGGAGAAAUCAGUAUGGGUACGUCUAUUAUGGCAGUGACAUUCAAGGAUGGAGUCAUUUUAGGCGCAGAUAGUAGAACUACAUCGGGUUCGUAUGUGGCCAAUAGAGUGACGGAUAAAUUGACUGAAUUGCAAGACAAUAUAUGGUGUUGUCGAUCUGGAUCGGCGGCAGAUACUCAGGCAGUGGCUGAUAUAGUGAGAUAUCAGCUUGAUUUGUUCAAGACGAUGAAUGGACGGUCUCCGUCGACGCGUCUAUCUGCGUCGAUUUUUCAGGAGAUAUGCUAUAACAACAAGGACUCGUUAACUGCUGGAAUUAUAUGUGCUGGCUAUGAUAAGGGUAAGGGAGGACAGGUGUUUACUGUACCUUUGGGUGGUUCUAUGCAUCAGCAUGAGUAUGCCAUUUCCGGAUCUGGUUCGGUUUUUAUCUAUGGUUACUGUAAGGAGAAUUACAAGCCAGAUAUGACUAAGCAAGAGACUAUAGAUUUCAUGAAGACCUCUCUUUCUCAGGCCAUAAGAUGGGAUGGCUCUUCUGGAGGUGUUAUUAGAAUGGUGUUAUUGACGGCGGAUGGUGUGGAGAGGUUAAUUUUUUACCCUGAAGAAUAUAACGAGGAGUUAAAGGAUUGA